AUGAGCUUCGAAACAAAAAAUAUUCGAGAAAAUAUUUCGUUAAAAGGUUCUACCAAGAUAGUUGUGGAAUUCUUUGAAUUUGCGCUGAAUAGUAUUCUAUUUCAACGUGCCAUAUAUCCUCCGGAGGAUUUUAAAAUGGUAAAGAAAUACGGACUCAAUGUUCUGGUAACAAUUGAUGAUUCUUUAAAAUCUUAUUUGAAAAAACUUUUAACUCAAGUAGAAGUUUGGAUAAAUGCUGGAAAAAUUAGCAAACUUAUAUUAGCAAUCAUGAAUGUCGAAAAUCGUGAAAUUCUUGAACGAUGGCAAUUUGAUAUACAAAUCAUCGAUGAGGAAAAUAAAGAAAAUAAGGGACCAGGUGGGGGAAAGAAACAAAGAACCGAUCAAGAAAUAAAAAAUGAAAUUCAAGCAAUUAUUCGUCAAAUUACGGCCAGCGUUACAUUUUUACCUGUACUGGAAGAUGAAUGUACGUUUAAUAUUCUUGCAUUCACCGACAAAGAUGCGGAAGUACCAGCUGAAUGGGAUGACUCAGAUCCACUUAUUAUUCAAAAUCCUGAAUACGUUAGGUUGAGAUCUUUUUCAACCAAAAAUCACAAAGUUGAUGCAAUCGUUUCGUAUCGUUUAGGUUUUUAUGAUGACCCAAAACGAUGA